UAUUACGAACGGUCCUCGACGGUGAGCCUUAUAGCGGGUGGACGGUGACCGGCGGUGUUAGACGGACACGCUUUAAAGGGGUUUGUUUUUAGGGGCUAACAGGUCAGACCGAGGGAGUUAAAAUGUCGAUACCCAUUUAUCAGAUGAGCGCUAAACUGCUCGGGGACACUGUGGGGACAGUGAACGAAAACCUGACCUCCGUGAUACUGGCAGCCUCCGUCUUUACGCUCACUCUGGGGUACAUCUCCAAACUGCUUCUUAAACAGUCCACAGACCAGGACGCGAAACACCCACCGUACAUACCCUCCAGCAUCCCCUUUCUGGGACAUGCAAUUGCAUUUGGAAAGAGCCCCAUUGAAUUUCUAGAAAAUGCGUAUGACAAAUACGGCCCCGUGUUCAGCUUCACCAUGGUGGGCAAAACAUUCACCUACCUGCUGGGCAGUGAAGCAGCCUCACUGAUGUUCAACAGCAAAAAUGAAGACCUGAAUGCAGAGGACGUCUACUCGAGACUGACCACUCCGGUGUUCGGCAAAGGAGUCGCCUACGACGUGCCGAACCACAUUUUCCUGGAACAAAAGAAGAUGUUUAAGACUGGGCUCAACAUUGCCCGUUUUAGGCAACAUGUCAAGAUAAUCGAGAGAGAAACCAUUGAGUAUUUUCAGAGAUGGGGUGACAGCGGGCAGAGAAACCUGUUUGAGGCUCUGUCCGAGCUGAUCAUCCUGACAGCCAGCAGCUGCCUCCAUGGGACGGAGAUCCGCGGCAUGUUGGAUGAACGCGUGGCUCAGCUUUACGCUGACUUGGAUGGAGGAUUCACCCAUGCUGCGUGGCUCCUGCCAGGCUGGCUGCCCCUGCCCAGCUUCAGGAAGAGGGACAGAGCUCACAGAGAGAUCAAGAACAUCUUCUACAAGGUGAUUCAGAAACGAAGGAGGUCUGGAGAGCAAGCAGACGACAUCCUGCAGACCUUCAUCGACACCACGUACAAAGAUGGACGGCCGCUGACCGAUAACGAGAUCGCGGGGAUGCUGAUCGGUCUCCUCCUGGCGGGUCAGCACACAUCCUCCACCACCAGCGCCUGGCUGGGCUUCUUCCUGGCCAAAGACAAAGCUCUGCAGGAGCGCUGCUACGCAGAGCAGAAGGCCGUGUGCGGGGAAGACCUGCCUCCACUUGACUUUGAUGAGCUGAAGGAUCUCAGCUUGUUGGAGCGCUGUUUAAAGGAAACCCUGCGGCUCCGCCCACCCAUCAUGACCAUGAUGAGGAUGGCUCGCUCUCCUCAGACUGCAGCAGGAUACACCAUCCCCGUGGGGCACCAGGUGUGCGUCUCCCCAACUGUUAACCACCGGUUGCACGACACUUGGGUGGACAGGUUGGAGUUCAAACCCGAUCGCUACCUCAACGAUAAUCCUGCCGCAGGGGAGAAGUUUGCCUAUGUACCUUUUGGAGCUGGCCGUCAUCGCUGCAUUGGGGAAAACUUUGCCUACGUCCAGAUCAAAACCAUCUGGUCCACUUUGCUCCGCAUGUACAACUUUGACCUGGUGGAUGGAUAUUUCCCCACAAUCAACUACACCACAAUGAUUCACACCCCUCACAACCCUGUCAUCAGAUACAAGCGGAGGAAGCAGUGAGGGACGGAGAGAUCCGAGCAUCUGAAGUGAAGCUCCAACCUUUUGGGACUUGAAUUGAAAAUUUACAUCAGUGCACUUUGCUGUAAAUGCCCAAGCUGUGCUUUUAUUCUUUAUUUUGUCUGGAGGCCAGCUCUUAUUGUGAAGGUCAGCAUUUGGAGAUAAGUAUGACUUUCCGGAGUGAAAAACGGGGCUGUGAAAGCUGAUGCUCAUAUUCACAAUGUGAAUUCUUAAAAAAAAUACAAAUGGAGAAAUAAUAAGUGCCUUAUGACGUCUUUAGACCGAAUGAAGCCUUUGAGUCAAUCCAAGAAGACAUACUUGCUUUUCUGCUGUCCAGAUUUAUGUUUUGGUAGAGUUAAUAAUUUUAUAUCAGUUAUGCAGCAAACUUUAAAAUCCUGUGGAUAAAAGUUCUUGACACUGGAAUCAGCAGUUGGUUAAAACCAAGCACCACGAGGUCCAUUUGCAGCUGUCUGACUGGACCUUUCAGUUCUGUCACAUGAUCGCUAUCGGCAGAGAACAUUUGACGAGUUUUGUAUUUUUCUUUUUGUCCUUAGCAUUAUUCAGUAUGAGGGUUUAAACUUGAGAAGAGAGUCAUUAAAAUCCUCAGAAAACAACUCCAUGCUAACUGAAUAAUCUGCUGAGGGAGACCAUGUGAUAUAGUCCAAAGCUCCAGGGGGUUCCUAAAUGGAUCUUGUGGGGAAUAUGUUAUUCCUGAGAUGUAUAUUAGAAUUUUCCUGCAGAUGAAAUUUGCUUUAAUGGCAAAAAAAUAAAAAAAAAUAAAUCUCAAACCCUCACAAGUGAAACUGGUUAUAAAUCAAUAAAGAAGUGAAACAGA